AUGUAAACGCGUACGGUUCGUUGAGUGAUACUGAUAUUAACGUUGAUUUUUGUGUACUCGUUGAAUAUGUUAUUUAUUGUUAUCGAAUUCCCUCUAACCUAUAACUUUUUCAGAAACAUGAAAUAAUUCCAUAGAAAUGAUAAAAACGUAAAAAAUUAUUAAUUCGUGAAAUUUCGUUUAGUUGUAAAAGUGGCAUAACUUAUACUAAACAGUGGUUAAUACUAAAAUAAGUUUUGUUUCAAAAGUAAAAAUAGCAGUAAGCAGAUUGCAGAACAGUUGAAAAUAUCUACUUUCGACCAUUUGUACCUAGAAUCAAUACAGGACAUGGGGAAGUACUGUCUGAUUUUAUUAUUACCUUUGGCAGUGUGGGCUGGUAGAUCACCUGCCGCGGUGUUCGAAGAUGUAUAUGAACUAGGCCGUCCAAAUGCAUCCUUUUUGGCAACAACGGAAAGCUGGAACGGCAUGAAGGCAUACUUGAGGAAAAAAUAUCGUCAAAUGCAAGAACCACUUCAACAAGCAUCAAUGAUCGCUGCUUACACCGCUGCUCAUGAACGAUACCAAAACUCAGAAGAGAAACAACAUGACCGUGUUCGUAUCGAAAACAUGGGUAAACUAGCAUCAGGCCUGCUGUUGCAACUGCUAGUUAUGCAGCAAAUGUUGUUGGAUCGCAGAAACCAAUAAAAUUUAGAAUAGCAG